UCUAGACAUUUACCUCUUCAAAACGUAUUGGAUUUGCAAUACAAUAAUCAUAUCGAAUGAAAAACGAAGGGAACAUGGAUUUGGCUUAUGGCAGCAGUACCAGUACCCAGACUUUUGGAAUGGAGUCUGCAGAAAGUAGGACUAUUAAUUUCUCUAAAGAGAAACAGAGGCGGUUUCGUCUCGGGCUGUUGACAAUCAUUUGUGCAGUCUUAUUACUUGCCUGUCUUGCUCUCGCUACGUAUGCGAUCUUGCUCUCGUUUAGGAAAGAAAAAGAUGCGACCAAAGACGAGGUGAAGUAUUGUACUUCGUCCACAUGCUUAGAAGUGGCAGCCGCUGUUAAGAAGAGCCUGAACGAAUCCGUGGAUCCGUGUGAAGAUUUUUAUCAGUAUUCCUGUGGCAGUUGGAUCGAGAACAACCCAAUUCCACCAUCAGAAACGACAACGGCCACUUUUAUAACAGCAGCAAAGAAGAACGAUGAAAGAUUGUUGCUACUUCUGUUAGAAGACGACGAGCUUCCGCGCGAACAUGCCGUGAAGAAAGCGAAGAACUAUUUUAAAUCUUGCAUGACCGAGGACGACGAUAACAACACUGCUACAGUUGUUGAGUUAAAAAGCCUUAUCCGGCGUUUCGGAUCCUGGCCACUAGAUGUGGCCACUUGGAAUGUCUCAACAUGGAGUCUCAAUCACGCUUUAUUGGAAAUCCAUCGUGAUUAUUCUGCUACGACACCCUUGUUUGCGAUGACUGUGGAUGUAAACCCUUUUGAUUCUUCUCGAUAUAUUCUAAAGAUCAAUCCUCCAUCUUUGAGUCUCAUUCGGGAACAGUACUUGACAGAGGAUAACAAGACACGAGUGGCAUACGUGAAUUACAUGACCAAAAUAGGAAAGUUGCUUGGAAGUCCUGAUAGUAAUCAAACAAAAGAACAAAUGGAAAAAGUUUUAGAGCUGGAGGGAAAACUGGCCCAGAUAAUACCUCCGGCGAGCGAAUUGGGAAAGAAUUUCCUGCAAAACAUGAAUAUGACGGAGCUCGAGAAAUUGGCACCUGGUUUCGAGUUCACCUGGUUGGAAUUUAUCAACGAAUUGUUAAAACCUUUCAACGUGUCGCUGAACGCUUCAGAUAUAGUCAUGGUCCCUUCGCCAGAGUAUCUUCGGAACCUCUCCUACAUUGUGAACAACACCAGCAAGGAGACAAUGGCGAGUUACGUGAUCUGGAAUUUUGUUCAAUCUGUUGUUCCCUACAUGUCGCAUGUAUUCCGGUCUGCUUUAUUGGAAUAUCAGAAGGAGACGAUAGGAACCAAAUCUGCUCCUCCUCGAUGGUAUUCGUGCAUCGAGGACGAGAAUGGCUAUUACCAUGGACUGACAUUUGCUUUGGGAUAUAUAUGGAUUUCAAAAGUGUUCGACGUUGAAAUUAUACCAUUUAUUCAAGAUAUGUCAAAAAGAAUAAGGAGUGUAUUUAGAAAUGAAACGUCCCAACUCGAUUGGAUUGACGACGAAACUCGACGGAAAAUUGACGAAAAGGAAGAUGCAAUGAAAUUCCACAUUGGCUUUCCCAAGCUCUGUGCCAACGAAACAUUGCUGAACGAGUUUUACAAAGAUUUGAACAUCAGUGAGAAUGAUUAUCUUAAGAACGUCUUGAGUGUGAUGAUAUGGAAAAGGAGAUUGGCCUUUUCAAAACUUAAGACAGCGGUGGACAAAGACCAAUGGUUCACUGGACCUCAGAAAGUUAACGCAUUUUACUUACGAAGCAGGAACGAAAUAAGUAUUUUAGCAGGAAUUCUUCAGCCUCCAUUUUACUACGGACGAAAAGCUCCAAGAUCCAUAAACCUUGGUGGGAUUGGAGUGAUUCUAGCACACGAGUUAUCUCACGGAUUUGACGCCGCUGGGAGAAAGUUCAACGAGAAUGGAGAGGUUGUUGAAGACUGGUGGAGCAGUUCUUCGUCUCAAGGAUUCAAAGAGAGAUCUAAAUGCAUUGUAGACCAGUACAGCAAGUUCUCAGUAGAUGUUGGAGGUGGAAAAAGAGAAAACUUGAAUGGUGAACUGACUUUGAGUGAAAACAUUGCAGACAACGGUGGCAUUCGUAUGGCUUAUUUGGGAUAUAAGGAUUGGCUUAAGAACAAUGCUCCCGAACCUCAGUUGCCUGGCCUGCAGAUGACUCACGAGCAGCUCUUAUUUGUGAGCUUUAGUCAGGCAUUUUGUGCUGCCAUGACUCCAUCAGCGGCCUUCCGCUUCACAAAAGCAAGCGUGCACUCAAUACCACGCUACAGGAUUAUCGGCUCGUUGUCAAAUAUGGAGGAAUUCUCCGAAGCAUUCAAGUGUUCCGCUGGUCGAAGAAUGAAUCCCAAGAAGAAAUGUAAACUGUGGUAAAUCACAGACAUAACGAAUCUGUCUGUGACACCUAUUAGCAGAUGUUGCAGAUACUAAUUUUGGUUUUUCCUCCUCUCAAUUCUAAACAUGAAUACGGUUAAAUAUCGUUAAUUGUCGCCAUAUCUCCACACCAAAUAUAUCCUUUAAUAUCUUUUACAAUCAAACGCGAUUCCAAUUAAGAGAAAAGUCGGAUCAAUUUCAGUAUCUGGGCAACUGCCCACUUACCCCUCCCCUAACCCAACAACAGUUAGGGGAGGGUAGGUGGGCAGUUGCCCAGAUAUUGAUAUUGAUCCGAAAAGUCAAAGGUAACUGCAGAUGUAAUAUCUAAAUACGUCUGCAAUUCAAUCAUUAAUGCCACUUGCAAAACGAAGACAGUCAAGCUAAGGAAGAGUGCCAUAUUUUGUAUUUUGUUUUCUUCCUAGAAAAAAGUUAGUUCCACAACAAUUCUGACUGCAGAUUUCGAAAACAUUUUUUACGUAUCCUAAUUCUUAUACACAUUUUAGGUGUAAUUUAGUUCGCAGAUUAAAAUUUAGGAGAGAUAUCCUAAUAUGCAGUAAGGAAUUGUGUGAAAAAACGUUGCAAGAAAAACAUAGAUCUGACUUUGUCCGGGAUGUUUAUAGUUUUAAAACGAUAUUUUUCGACGUGUAAGAGUAGUUUGAAGAGAGUGUAUUUUAGCCAUCCAAACAAAAUCCCCUUUCUACAUAAAAUAGCAGGACAUAGAGUGCAUGGAUUUUUGUGUUUCGCUGUGUUCAGCGUAUAUGGCUCUAAAACAGAGGGGCGGGGGAGGGCAUAAUCCUCCUUAAAAAUUGAGGUGAGUUCGCAUAUUGAUUCAUUUGCCAGGCGAUUGUUGCAUGUUAAAAGAAAGAUGUACGUAACGAAGAUGCUGUAAAAAACAAGUUGUAUAACAAUAAACAAAUCAGUUAAACCCCUAUGAUUCAAGAUAAAAGCAUCUCUUUUAUUUACAGAAAAUACACCGUCAAAUUUUGAAGAUCGUGACAAAAUGAGCUAAAGAAAAAUUCACCUAAUAUAUCUUCGACAAGAUAGCGAGUCUCGACCAUAGAAGUAUUUUUUUAAAUCAGUAAAUACAACUGGGCAUAGCAAACUAAAAUUGUCUUCGACACUAUGAGCGUUUAACUAGAAAAUACGGCUUACGAAGCCGUCUGUAUUUUGUGACACUCACGUUUUGCCAAAGAUCUGCGCAAGAAUUUGAUAGCAAUUGUUGGCCAAUGAAUCCACACUUUAAUCUCAGCAUUUUAAUCUAAGCAUGUUCAGCAGCGUUCGAGGCGACCUUAAACUGUAUCCUAACAAUUUCUGCAACGACACAUCAA